AUGUCUUACAGAAAUCUAUCAAGUAUAGAUGUCUCCGAUAGGGCGAACCUCCCCGAUUACGAGUUACACAAUGUCCCUGUCGCACCGCCGUAUACAGCCACUGCAUCGGCUCCCGUAGCUGCAGGAGCAGGAGCAGGAGCAGCAGAAGCAGCACAGAAAGCCGGUGUUGCAAAGGGCGCCGGAGGACCGUGGUAUGACCCGCGCUCAUGGUCACUGUUAACGAAGUUGCUCGUCGCCGGAGGUGUUGUGGUUGUCAUCGUUGCGCUUGUUGUGGGAAUCUACGAGGGCACGAAAUCAUCUUCAUAUCCGGACUACACUGCACUGAGCUAUAAGCUCGCAGAUACAUACUCGGGCUCUUCAUUCUUUGACGAGUUCGAAUACUACACAGCCGCCGAUACGACAGACGGAUUUGUAGACUACGUCGACAGCUCCACCGCCUCAGAAAUGAACCUAACCUACGCAUCCAGCUCCCGCGCCGUCCUGCGCGUGGACACCGACACCUCAAACCAAACCAGCGGCCGCAAAUCCGUGCGCAUCACCUCCAAGAAAACCUACAACGAUGGGCUCUUCAUCUUCGACAUCACCCACACGCCCUACGGCUGCGCCACCUGGCCCGCCCUCUGGCUCACAGACCCUAGUAACUGGCCCGAACACGGCGAAAUCGACGUCCUGGAGUCCAACAAUAAAGCCACCCACGGCAACGCCAUGACAUUACACACCUCAAGCGGAUGCAAAAUGAACGUGAAGCGCAAAGAAACCGGCACAGCCAAAUACACCAACUGCCUCAACACCGCAAACGACAACGCCGGCUGCAGCGUAACAGGUGCAAAGGCAACAUAUGGCGAGAAAUUCAACAGCAAUGGUGGCGGCGUCUACGCCAUGGAACUCCGCCCCGCCGGCAUCCGCGUAUGGAUGUUCACCCGCGACUCCAUCCCCAGCGACAUCUCCAACUCGAGCAGCACGCCCGACCCAUCGACCUGGGGCGAAGCACUCGCCGACUUCCCCAACACGAACUGCGACAUCUCGUCGCAUUUCAAGAACCAGAGUAUUAUCGUUAACAUCGAUAUCUGUGGUGAUCUUGCGGGCGCGAGCACCUACUACACCGAUCUGUAUGAUUGUCCGUCGACGUGCACGAAAUGGGCCGCGGAGAAUGGGGCCAACUUCACGAAUGCGUAUUGGGAGUUUAAGAGCUUUAAGGUUUAUCAGACGAGUUCGAGUAGUAAUAGUUCUUCGUCGGCGAGUGCGACGGCGUCGUCGUCUACGGCGGUGGGGUAUGGGGCUUCGGCUGCUUCUACUACGACGACGACGGCGGCGGAUGGGGCGGGGAGUACGACGGGUCAGGGAGGGGGGAGUCAAAGUGGGCAACAGGGACAGAGUGGGCAGCAGGAGGGACAGCAGGGGGGAAGUAGUAGUAGUAGUCAAGAGAAAGAGCAGGGUGGGCAGGGUGGGUAUUGA